AUGCUGUUCAAAAUAAAACUCACUCGCAACACCGACACAUAUCUCCACCCCGCAAACUCUAAUGUUACUCCUGUGUUUCAUUAUGAUGCUGACUUGAUCUUGGAUAUUGGCGAAUCCGACACGUCUCCUAUCAAGUUCGCUGACAAGAGCUCAGUUGUUGGUUUUGGGAUUGUCACCGCAAAACACGAAACCCGGGAAGAGCUCCCAAACGGAUCCGUUCGGAACUUAAUGGUCACUGUCCAGCACACUGAUUAUGAUCCCUUGACCAAACAACAGGUUCAGUUCAAGACCCAAUAUAAGAUUGGUGGACAAAAAAAUUUGGCGAACACCUUUGGUCUAUUCCAAAUUGGUUACGAAGUUCUUAUUUCCGGCAAUAUUUGUGGAUACGACCAAGAAGCAUUUAUGUGGAUUGUGAAUGCUUUAUCAGUUUCCAUCGCCUCAGGUCAUCAGACCAAUACCCUGAGCUCGAACAUCAAGUCCAACAACAAUGCUGCUAUGCGCCGACGCCCUGGAUUGAUAUCUCUGGAGGACGCCAGAAGCUCCGCUUCUAAAGCAAUUCAAAUUGAUGACGAGACGGCCAAGGGCUCACAGGUCUCGCCUACGACUGACGAAGGACCUGAACAUAGCAAUGUCAAAUCUGAAAAUUACUACAAUACGAUUGCAAGCACAGGUUCCAAGAAAAGAAGCCAAAAAGAUAUUCUUGCUGAUGCUAAACGGGCCAAAAAAGAGCUUUUUGCACCGUCAGAUGCAAUGCCCAUCCCUCCAAUGAACUGCUCAGACCCAGUUCCUUGA